AUGGAUAGUUACAUGAAGAAAUUGUUUGUGUCAGCUAUUAUUGGUGUUGUUGGUGCAAUUGUUGGUACAAUAGCACUAAAGAACUACCGAAUUUCACAUCGUUUAUAUACUGAUGAUGAAUAUACUAUCGGUUUAAGAGAAGCAAUUGGACAAAAUAUAAACGCACAGGGUUUAUAUUCUUAUGAGACAGUUGAGCCAGAUCCUGGUGUCAGUGUUCCUGCACAGGUACAUGGUUAUCAACAAACCGGAACCCAAGAACGAGGCGAUGAUGAAGAGAAACCGGGUCCGGACGAAGAACUACACAUUGAUGAUACACAUUAUUAUCAUUUAGUUAAUCAUCAAUUAGACUUUAUGAUGAUCAAUAUUCAAUCAUUAUCAAUAGCAAGUUGUUUCAAUUGUUUACCCAAUGAACUUAUUUUGAUUAUUUGGACAUACUUAGGUCAUGUUGAAUCAAUUAGAAUAUUUGGAACUAUGAAAUGUCAACGAUACACACGUCUAUUAGAAAAAUAUUGUUAUAAAAGUAUCAAUUUUCGUGAAGCAUCGUUAUCAUCUUUUCAACUUUUUUGUUCUCAUUUAUUCAAUAAAAUCCGAUUGAAUGUAGAAACAUUAAAAAUUGGUCAUCGAUUUUCUUAUUCCCAACUACGUAUUUUUACACAAAUGCGUUCAGGUUUUGUAACACUUUUGGAAAUGUUUCCAAAACUCCAACAACUUGUCUUGUACAAUGUUCCUGAAAUGAAUAGUGAUGAUCUUGAACCUUAUCUGGUAGUUAUUCCGUAUCUACAGCAUGUGACACUUAAAAAAUGUUCAUUGAAGAAAGUAUCAUCUUUGAUAUGUUCAAAUCUUCUUGCUCAUGGAACAAUCAGUCAACUACAGAGAUGUAUUCUUCAUAGUGAUCAUAGAAAGAAUGGCAUUAUUUUUCAUGAACCAAUUUCAUUCUUUUAUCAACUACAAAAUUCUCUUAUUUAUCUUCGAAUUUAUAUCGAGGAUUUUAUUUCAUUGAAAAAUUUACUUCAAUUUCUUCCAAAACUCUUAACACUUGAUGUUCGUAUUUGCAAGAAUGUUACAAGAAAUGACAAUGACCUGUUUCUUUCCUGCAUUUGUCCAUGCACCAAUUUAACAAAAUUAAUUUUUCGAGUGCAUAGUGUUGUGCAAUAUUUUCCAAGUGUUGUGAACUUUAUUCUCUUAUUUCGUAAAAGUCUUGUGAAUCUUGAUUUAGCUUUCACUCACAAAGAUCCUGCUUAUUGUCAUUCAUUAGUAUAUGUUGAUGGAAAUCUUCUUUUCAACGAACUUAUAAUUCAUAUAACAAAGUUAAAAAAAUUUAAUUUUUCUAUUGAAACAGCUUGUUUAUGUAAUCAACAAAUGGAUUAUUUUAUUAAAUCAUUUCAAACCAACUAUUGGCUAUCUAUGUUAAUUGGAUUGUAUUAUGAUAAAUUGAAUUGUAUUUAUGUCAUUUUUUCAUUACCUUAUGGAUUUUCUGAUUAUUUUGUGACUACGACGGGUAUCAUGUAUACACAAUUCAAUCAGACUGGAUAUCAACUUAAUGAUUUAGUACCAAUGCUAUUUGCAAAACCUUAUCAAGUGUCUGUAAAGAUUGGUCAAAAUGAAACGUUAAGUUCAUCAUUUGUGGCUUUGUUGAAACAAGGAACUUAUCGAAGUGAAGAACUUAUUAACACGACUAUGACUUGGCUCAACUGGAUGCCACAUCUACGAUUAUUGCGCAUCGAUUCACAAAUGUUAUUGAAGCUUGUGCAAACAAUUAAUCUUAGUGAUAAAAUUGAUCAAUUUUCAUCUCUCGAAAAACUUGUUGUUGAUCAACUAAAUAAUACUCCAGAUGAUGAUGACGACACUUUAAAUACCAUUGCUCGAUUAGAUGUAUCAUUGUCAUUGCAAGCCAUUUAUCUUCAGGAAUAUAAAAUGUUACAUUUUCAAUCAAUAGAUGACAACAAUUUUCUUUUGACUAUUUGUCAAAUUUGUUGCAAUAUGCAUAAACUGGAGACGAUGACAAUUAAAUUUGCAAGUCCAAAUUCAUUAUCCAAUAGUACAAUGGUGGAAAAACUUGCUGGUACUGAAAAGAAAAACUGUCAAUUCGAAUGUAUCUAUGUUUCAGACAGUUUUAUUCAAUUUUGGCUUGACAAAUGAUAGAAAUCAGUGAUAUUCUCUUUUUCUUAUUUGUCUGAAGAAAAAUGUACUGUACUUCAAAUCUAUUUGUUGUUCUCAUUUAUGAAUUCAAUCAUUCUUAAUUAUUAAAUAAAAACAAUCUAAAUGUAUAGACUUAUUGACUAGAAGAAAUCAACGUAAAGCUUCAAAUGAUUGGUAUUUAACAGUAGUUCUUUUUCCAUUAUUGGUUUUCCAUUUGCUUCUCUUAAAAAAUAUGCACAUCAAAGUUGAAACUAAUGCAAAUUUUCUCAAUCAGAUAGUGCAAUACGAAUCCCUAGUGAGUUAUAAUAUGAAUUUUAUAUGGCUCUUUGUUUUUAUAAUACAAGACAUAUCUAUAUUGAUCUGUUUUAUUAUAUAAAUGUUAGCAAUUCAAAUUUCCGAAAAUCGUUAUUUGUCAACUUAAAAAAGGUUCAUAAUAAUAAUUUGUAAUUCUGUUGGCAAUACGUCUCUGCAUAACAGACAUGCUAUUUUUACCAUAGUUGUUCAGUGUCAAUGCUUUUCUCAAACUCUUACUUAAUAAGUUUCAACAAUAUAUUAUUUAGUUAAACAUAAUUAAUUUCCAUUAGAAAAGGUGGUUGAAAGAGACGAAAACAUUUAGAUAGCUAUAGCAUAGCAUGUGUCCUA